AUGAAAAGGCAAGUCCGCCGUAAUGGAGAGAUUAUGUACGCGAACGAAGAGCUAUGUCUUUGGAAACCCCAAAGUUCCGACAAACAUUUACCGCUAAAUGAGACGAUAUUUCCUUUCAAUUUUGUGAUUCCAUUGAAUGCCCCGCCGACUUUUGAAGGUAAUAUGGCAAUUUACAUUAUUUCAAGUCAUCUACUAUGAUAAACCCUUGAAAAUUUUUUAAAUGAAUUUCAAAAAAAUAUAAUCAAAAAAUUUUUCAGGGACCCACGGUCAUAUCAGGUACACUCUGAAAGCGGUCAUCGAUCGCCCUUGGUUUCUGGAUUGCAAACAACAGAUAGGAUUUACAGUAUUGCCCUACAUUGAUCUCAAACUUUUUCCCUCGAGCACUGAGCCGGUAAAAGCCGAAGCUCAGAAGGCGUUUACGGCCUUAUUAGGACGUACCGGCCAUGUCAAGGCGAUUGUUGCGACGAAUAAAAGGGGCUAUGUGCCUGGAGAAAAGAUCGAGCUGAAUGUGGAGAUUCUGAAUGUAACUGAAAAGAAGGUCAAUGCAAUUGAAUGUCAGGUAAGUAGGGGGCUCUAAUGGUUUUAGGGGCGUUUAUUUAUUUGGAAAAAUUUUAAAAUUUCAGUUGAUCCAGCACGCCCAUUACACCGGGACUUCCAUCUCAGAUUACAAAGGGAAUCCCUUGAGUUUGUCGCAAGUCGGCGGAGUCAGCCAAGUCACGUCGACUGAAACAAUCAUUGGAAAUGCUCGACACGACUUUGAGCAUUCGAUGAAAGGGAAUUUCACUUAUAAACACCUCGUCCCAAUCCCACCAGUCGUGCCGUCUUUCAACAAUUGCCCCAUUAUCAACGUUAACUACUCUUUAAAGGUAUGGAAGUCUAAUUGAUCGCGUGGUUUACCUCAUUAUAGAUACAAGGUCAUCAAAAAAUGCCCAGGAAUAAUGCUCAAAGGGCAAAACUCAGAGUUGGGCGAAAAUUGGCGCAAGUUAGAUUAGGACUUUCAAAAUAG